CUCUCCUUGAGCCCCGCAAUUCAUUCAUUCAACAUGUCGGGCAACGCUGAUGCCCAAGCUAUCAUAGCUUCGGCGUAUGUAGCCAUGUACGACAAUUAUUGCGGUGUUGCUGCCCAAGCGCUUUCAUACUACGACUACCUCAUCACGUUUCAUAACGAGGUCACUCUGUUCUGGAUUCCGAUGCGAAUCAACGGGGCAUCUGUUCUCUUCUUGCUAAACCGAUACUUCAAUCUCGUGAUGCAGAUUGGAUACUGGACACAGGUCCCUAAGUCUUUACAGGUGGCGCUCCAUCAGUUUGAAUUCUUUUAUGUGAUUGAUUCCUUGCAGUAUCUUCCUUGUACAGCAUUCUCAGCACUCAGAACAUACGCCUUGUGUCCGAAGCCAUACAAAUCGUUUAUCUCAGCCAUAGUUUUUUCCCUUGCAUUGGUCCCCUUGGUUGUGAAUAUGCUUCAUGAUUUGCGUUGGACAUCCUAUGUGUACGACCCGACGGUGCCAGGAAACGUUGCUGUGGAUACGCUAGCCCCAAACAUUAAUAUGAGGUUCGUUAUGGCAUGCCGAUUCUCCCUCGUGGCCGCAGAUCUACUGGUUCUAUGCGUUACAUGGUACCAAACUUUCGAGACGGUAAAAAUGUCCCGACGUUUCGCGCCCGGUCAAGAUACACAAAGCCUUGCCAGUACUCUACUCCAUGACGGGACAUCUUACUUCUUAAUACUACUCAUCCUCAAUGUCCUGCACAUCGCAUUCACUCUCAGCUCGAUCGCCAACGAUCCUUUCAGUCCUAGCAGUGUCGUCCUUCUGAUAGAAGAACCCUUGACUUCUGUCCUCACCUCGAGAUUUCUCAUCAACCUUCAACUAGCCAAACGCCGACAGGAGGGCUCGUUUCAGUCCAUCUCGGAGGGGACUGAGCUCGCAUUCGAGCCCCAGACGUCAUCAAGCCAUAUCGACAGAUUCAUCAAAUCUAUGGGAGGUCAACUGUCGUUUGACCAUGACAGCGUUGAAGAGGACAAUACAAUCUAGACGUAGGCAACGCCAAAGGCUACGAUUCUCGCGUAUCUGGGGUUGGACAGAGGUCCUUCUCGGUCCCGUGUAUGAUCGGCUCGCGUUCUGUAUAGCCCGGCAUCUGUAGAAUUAAUCUGCGAAACCAUCAG